AUGUCUGUAGCAACGAUGAGGAAACAGUUGAAGUUAAUAUCUGUCGAGUUCAAGGAGGCAUCCAUGGACUCUCCCUCGUUCAGAGCCCAUGUGAAUUUCUUCCACACUAGAAUUGAGAUGUUUGAGGACAGAUUGCAAAAGACGAUUAGCUUCUACGAUCAGAAAUACAAGCCAUCCUUUGAGGACUUCCAAAGAACAAAGGAAACUUUGCUGACGCAAUUGUUCCCAUCACCGGUGAUGUUAUCCAAUGGGCUGGUACGCAAUCAAACGUGGACACCCAAUGUUAUAGAUAGGUUCAACAAGGAUUACAAAGUGUUCUUCGAUAAAAUCGUGAAGAUGGUUGUCUCCGAGGACACUGACAAAAGCUCCCAGAUGUUGGUGGACUUGAUGACAGAUGCUUUAGAACCUUAUAAGAGCAAGAGAAAGACGUUUGAGUAUUUCCAGACUAAAUACGAUAACAUGUUGAAUACGUACCAGGGGACUGAAAUUUCGAGCACAUCUGUCGACCCUAUAGGCAUAAUGAACGAUGCCAAACAACUGCACGAGAUCAGAAAGAAUUAUCUGAUGGCAUCGUUGGAGCUCGUAGAAGCUAUCUCCACGGUUAAACUACAUUUGGACAAGUAUUUGAUGGAUUGCAUGAAAGCGUUGCGUAAGAAAAGUGUCUACCAAUUCAAGGAAACUGGCUACUUUAUUGACUUGUGUCCCAAUAUCGGUGUUUACUUUGAUGAUUACAUGCUAUGGGUGAAAAACACCGUUGAGGGUCAUAAAAUACUACUCGGUGAUAUGGAACAUGCAAAGAAACAGGUAUACGAAUAUGCUGUCAACGCAUCAGCACCAUCCACAAACAUCAAUGACUAUAACUUACAAUCGCUACACAAUUUCACCUCAGUAGCAAAACAUCUGUCCACACCUAAAACUUGCCCAGAGAAAUCAGGGUGGCUAUACAUGAAAACAACCGUGGGGAAACUUUCAAGAGAAGUAUGGGUGAGAAGAUGGUGUUUCUUACAAAAUGGUGUUUUCGGUAUGUUCCUCCUAUCCCCAUCCAAAAUCUACGUGGAGGAAACGGAUAAAUUUGGGGUGCUGAUAAUGAAUAUCAGGCACAACUUGGAAGAAAACAGAAAGUACUGUUUUGAGAUUAAAAUAUUCAAUGGCAAUCUAUCUUCAACAAAAAUUGAUAAAAAGGAAAAGGUAUCAACAAGAGAUCUCCCAAUUGUGUUGCAGGCAGAGAGCUUGAAAGAAUUGAAAUCUUGGCUGGACGCGUUUGAAACUACAAAAAAGUAUGUUCAGCAAUUGGACAAAAACACUUUGGCCUACGAGCUACCGUAUAAAAGGUUUUCGCCAAAAUUCUUUGAAUUUGCGUCGAGUACUACAACAUCUGUGGAUCAGUACAUUACGACGUUUGAUAAGGAUACCGCUUCUUUGUUAGAAACUUUAAACUGCUCGUUUUCUGAAUACGAUGUAUUAACAAUUGGCGAAGACAAAAUAUACGAAUACCAGAUGGAAAUAACACCUCUGUCAACGAAAAUGACACAACUAGCAAUAUUGGGUAACUACUUCACUAAGGGAAGCUGGUUCCCCAACGCAAUUCUAGCUAACGUAUGGGGUACGACCAACUGGAGUCAAUAUUCCGUUUUCGGACAAAGCUUGCCCAAAUCCUCACUAGAACUGGGCAGAUCUCACAAAGCGGCCAUCAAUUCAGAGAACUAUCCCGAAUUUUUUACAAGGGAGCUCAGAAUCGGAGACUUGCAACUUAAGAACACAUUUUUCACUAUUGAUCAACAUCUGACUAGGACACAUGAAGAGUUUCUACUUUUCAAAUUCAACUCAAUCUGGUAUCCAAACCCUAAGCAACGGUUUCCCUCGAUAUCAUACGUAACAAAAGAUAAUAUCUAUUGCUACAUGAAUACAAUGGGGUUUGUAUGUCUUACAAGAGUGGAUAUGACGAAGGUCAUUUCAGUGGAGAUCGAUAAGAAGGAGCCACGUAGGCUGAUUCUUUAUGAUAUCGAUAACACCCAGUACAAGUUUGAUAUUUUCUUUACAAAACGCUCGAUCGUGGCUACAAAACUACAGAUUCUCAUUGAGAACAAGGCAUCCAAGGAUUCCAAAAAAUUAGAGGAACUCUACAAUCGUUUAGCUGAUGUUGACGCAGAGUACCAAGAGAAAAUGGAUGCAGAACAGGUGGAAAAAGAGGGAGAGAAUCUUAAACAGUUACGUGGACUGACCACCAAUCAUCUCGCCCAUUCUUUCCCUCAUAAUGGCAAUCUCCCAGUUGUAAGCAGAAAUAAAGACAACCCAGUUGCUACACUCUUCCAGGAUAGUCGACUUUUGGAUGCGGCUACGUUUUGGAAUAUUGGUGAAGCUACCACGUUGUUGAAUAAGAAGAAGGACUUGCAAAGGGAUGCAUCGGUUAUGUACCGUCACGACUAUGAUAUUCCAAGUAAAGGUCUGAUGCAUAUUUUAUUCGGUGAUUUGUCCACCGCUUUCCCCAGAUCCUUUUUCCUGGCCAACACUUCCUCUAGCCAACAACUAAUUACGUUUUGGAAUAAAAGGGAAAAAGACGGUGAUAUCAUUCUGGAGAGGUCCUUAACUUUCCCAAUAGAUACGGCACAUUACCUUUUGAACUCUGGUAAGUUGACCAACAAUGAAACGAAAAAGGAGCUGUCGAUAAGACAGAUGAUCGUAAAGGCAAUUGAUAACACUUACUACGAGGUGGAGCAGGACCCUGUUUAUAUCAAACUACCCUUCUGUCACAAUAUGAAAAUAACAGCGAAGUACAUUAUAACGCAGGUGUACAAUCCAGAGGAGCACGUUGCCACGAAACUACAAACGUCGAGUAGCGGGUCACUGUUGGAGGUUUUCUACGAUUUGCAUUUUAUUGACGAUGAAACAGACGACAAAGUGACCGAGUUGAAUUAUUUCGAAAGGUGGCUUGAGACUUGGGCCAUGUAUUUCACGAAUUUCGAGUUCUUACUCAUUAAAAAAGUGAUUCGAUACUAUCUAGAGAGGAUCGGUAACCACGGGAAGGUCAUCAGGGCCAUGAAGAUAUGUGGUUUGCUUGGAGUCUCUUCACAAGGCAACGACACGGAUAAGGAAAUAGAUGAGAAAGAGCGGGAUGAUGGUAUAUUGGACCGCUUGGAGAGACAUACGAAGGAGGAAACCAAAAAAGACAGUACCAAGACUACCCUACCAUGUCCACCUUUUGUCCCCAAACGCAACAGACAGAUCGUCUAUUCAUUAUCGAUUCUGUUGAAAAUUCUGCUGAAACUUGUGAUCUACCGCCUGACUAAUAUAAUACUAAUCAUCUUCAAGUUUCAAAUCGGUUGCAUGGUUGGUAUUCGGAAGUACCUGCGUUCUUUGAACCGAACCGUUUUACUAUGUCUAAUUGGUUCCGUUCUUUUGAACACGCUUCUAAGUGGGAAAACUACAAUGUCCUACUGGGCUGUCAAGAGAGCGGAAACAUCAUUCAAACAGUUUGCCAAGCAGAGCAAACUUCAAGAUGUCGCAACACGGCGUGCCAUCUACACUGAGGACCUCGAAGUAUUGACGCAAGACCUCGCCGUGGAUCCUCACAACUUGGCUUACCAGAAGUUCAACGACGUUUCCAGCAAGGAAUCAAACAAGUUUAAGGAGUCCCGAACAGAGCUUGCAAUCCGCCGCAACGAGUUGCUUGUCGAGCUUAAGAUCCUGCAGAACAUGGAGCGGGAGAUCAUCCACGGAGAUUACAGAAAGUUCCUGCUAGAGGAAACAGCGAAAUGCGCCCGAGUGAGAGACCACAUCACCGAAACCUACGAGGAGUGGUCCGAACUGCAACUGUACUGCACAAGUUGCAUGGAGGAACUGUCCAGACUAGAAGAUCUCCUGCUGUAA